CCAACGGAAACAUAGAAACCCACACAAGUAUCUUAAAACCAAUUUAUCAUGUCAACUUCCAUGUCUGUUCCCACCAUGAAACAAACUCAGAUCUUUCAAGAUAUUCUUCGAAGUUCUUACGCAAGAAGAUUACUACUUGAUCAGUCACCAAGUCCAGCACCGUCCCCAUAUGCAGAUGAUACCAACUUUGAUGCAAAUGUUGUUAUGGUUCUAUCAGUCCUCUUAUGUGCACUCGUUUGCUCACUUGGACUCAACUCUGUAAUAAGAUGUGCCUUGAGGUGCUCCAGUUUGGCACCAUCCGAAGCUGGUGACAACCAACCAGCAGCUCGCUUGAGCAACACAGGAGUCAAACGAAAAGCCUUGAAGAGUUUCCAGACAGUAAGUUACUCUGCUGAUUUGAAUCUGCCUGGCCUAGAUACAGAGUGUGCCAUAUGUCUCUCAGAGUUUGUAUCCGAAGAGCGCGUGAAGCUGCUUCCGACAUGCCACCACGGAUUCCAUGUCCGGUGUAUAGACAAGUGGCUCAGCUCACACUCGUCCUGUCCCACCUGCAGGCACUGCCUUAUCCAAACAUGCCAGAAGAUCGCCGACUGCAGCCAAACAAGCUCGUUGAACACUACUCAACCACCGCAAGAUAGCAUCAUCGUGCAAAUAGCACCUCUACAACCGGAAAGAUCGAUAUACUGUUUUAGGUGAACCUAGUCACCUAGACAUUGUAGCCGUAAUGUUUACAACCCUAGUAAAGUACUAUUGUUUACCAUUUCCAUUGUAAAGUUGUAAAUAUUACAAGAAAUGUUAUUUUCUUCA